UGCCUCUGACACACACAGUCCACACAGAGGGGCAGGUGUGGGUGGCCACGGCGCACAUAACCCUGCAGCAGGUCGGACACAUCCUGCAGCAUUUGGAUUUAUUUUUUCAUUUCAAUUCUUUUUUUUUUUUUUACUCAGACAUAUAAAACACCGCCAUCAUGUUGUGGACGGCGAAUCAGAUCUUAAGGAAAUUCUCCACCUCAUCCCAUUAUUACCAGAAUAAGCUGAAACUAGCUAUAAUUGGCCAGAGCGUGUUUGGUCAGGAGGUGUACAGCAACCUGAGGAAGCAGGGUCACAAGGUGGUGGGUGUGUUCACGGUCCCGGACAAGGAUGGCAAAGCCGACCCCCUGGCUACGGCUGCAGAGAAGGAUGGGACGCCGGUGUUUAAGUUUCCUCGGUGGCGGGUCAAGGGGAAGCCCAUCCCAGAGGUAGUGGAGGCCUAUAAGGCAGUGGGUGCUGAGCUCAACGUCAUGCCCUUCUGCUCCCAGUUCAUCCCCAUGAACGUGAUCGAUCACCCCAAACACGGCUCCAUCAUCUACCACCCCUCCAUCCUGCCCCUGCACAGAGGAGCCUCAGCCAUCAACUGGACCCUGAUUGAAGGUGAUAAGAAAGCUGGCUUCACAGUGUUCUGGGCUGAUGAUGGUCUGGAUACUGGACCGAUCCUGCUGCAGAAAGAGUGUGCUGUGGAACCCAAUGACACUGUGGACACGCUGUACAACCGCUUCCUCUUCCCAGAAGGCAUCAAAUCUAUGGUGGAAUCAGUGCAGCUCAUUGCAGAUGGAAAGGCUCCUCGAAUUCCCCAGCCAGAGGAAGGAGCAAGUUAUGAAGGCAUUCAGAAGAAAUCCAAUGCUAAGGUCAACAUGGCACAACCAGCUGAAGUCAUCCACAACUGGAUCCGAGGUCAUGACAAAGUCCCCGGUGCCUGGACUGUCAUCAAUGGUCAACCCGUGACCCUGUAUGGUUCGUCCAUGCUGACGGGGUCAGUACCAGCCGGUCAACCCCUGGAGGUCGAAGGGGCAUCCCAGCCCGGUGUAGUUGCCAAGAAUGGGCUUGUCCUUUAUGGAACUGAUGGGAAAGCUCUUGUGGUGAAGAACCUGCAGUUUGAAGAUGGAAAGAUGAUCCCUGCAUCCAAAUACUUCUCCUCUGGAGAAAGCUCGAGUGUAGAUUUGACUGAUGAUGAGAAGAAGAUGGCAGAUGAGAUCAGGAACAUCUGGAAGGGCAUCCUCAGCAAUGUGGCAGCAAUUGAGGACACCACAGACUUCUUCAAGUCUGGAGCUGCGUCCAUGGAUGUAGUCAGGCUGGUGGAGGAGGUGAAGCAGAAGUGUGCUGGUGUCCAGCUGCAGAAUGAAGAUGUGUAUAUGGCCACCACUUUCCAGGACUUCAUCCAGAUGUUUGUCCGCAAACUGAGAGGAGAGGACCAGGAGGAGGAGCUGGUCAUUGACUAUGCAACCAAAGAAGCGAACAACAUGACACUAAAAAUGCCCUACCAGUGUUUUAUCAACGGUGCAUUUGAAGAUGCAGAGAAUGGCAAGACAUACGAUACCAUCAAUCCUACUGAUGGUUCGGUGAUCUGUAAGGUGUCUUAUGCUUCAGUGGGUGAUGUGGACCGUGCAGUUGCAGCUGCUAAAGAGGCUUUUGACAAUGGGCCCUGGGGCAAAAUGAACCCAAGAGACAGAGGAAGUCUGCUGUUCAAGCUUGCAGACCUCAUGGAGGAGCACCAGGAGGAACUGGCAACCAUUGAGUCCAUAGACUCAGGAGCCGUGUACACACUGGCCCUCAAGACCCACGUAGGCAUGUCAAUCCAGACCUUCCGCUACUUCGCUGGCUGGUGCGACAAAAUCCAGGGCAAAACAAUUCCCAUCAACCAGGCCAGACCAAACCGCAAUCUGACCUUCACAAAGAAAGAACCACUGGGUGUGUGUGCCAUUGUGAUCCCAUGGAAUUACCCUCUCAUGAUGUUGGCCUGGAAGAGCGCUGCCUGCCUCGCUGCUGGAAACACACUCGUGCUUAAACCUGCACAGGUUACUCCGCUGACUGCACUCAAGUUUGCUGAGCUGUCAGUGAAAGCUGGUAUUCCUAAAGGUGUUAUCAACAUUUUACCUGGCUCAGGUGGUAUGGUGGGACAACGUCUCUCCGAUCACCCAGAUAUUCGCAAGCUGGGCUUCACUGGUUCCACACCGAUUGGCAAGCAGAUCAUGAAGAGCUGUGCGGUCAGUAACCUGAAGAAGGUUUCUCUGGAGCUGGGAGGGAAGUCGCCUCUCAUCAUCUUCAGUGACUGUGACAUGGACAAAGCUGUUCGCAUGGGCAUGAGCUCUGUGUUCUUCAACAAAGGUGAGAACUGCAUCGCUGCUGGACGUCUGUUUGUGGAGGAGUCCAUUCACGAUGAGUACAUCAGCAGAGUGGUGGAGGAGAUCAAGAAGAUGAAAAUCGGAGACCCGCUGGAUCGGUCCACAGACCACGGCCCACAGAAUCACAAAGCCCACAUGGACAAGCUGCUGGAGUACUGCGAGAUCGGAGUGAAGGAAGGAGCCACGCUGGUGUAUGGAGGCAAACAGGUGGACAGGCCAGGAUUUUUCAUGGAGCCCACUGUGUUUACUGACGUGGAGGACCACAUGUUCAUUGCCAAAGAGGAGUCUUUCGGGCCCGUCAUGGUGGUGUCCAAAUUCAAAGAUGGCGAUGUAGACGGCGUACUUUACAGAGCCAACGACACAGAGUAUGGCCUGGCUUCAGGCGUGUUCACCCGCGACAUCAAUAAGGCCAUGUAUGUGAGCGAGCGACUGGAGGCUGGAACAGUAUUCGUCAACACCUACAACAAGACUGACGUAGCUUCACCUUUUGGAGGCUUCAAGCAGUCCGGUUUUGGCAAAGACCUCGGAGAAGAUGCUCUCCAGGAAUACCUCAAGACCAAAGCGGUGACAGUGGAGUACUGAGGCACAGACUGUCCGAACAAACUUUGAUCCACAUCUAAACAGAAAGGGAUUCGUCGGUCUUCUUCAACCCAGCAACCUCAGCUUCACUCAUUAUUUCUGAACUGUGUAUAUGUGUAUGUGUGUGUGAGUGUGUGUGUGUGUGUGAGUGUGUGUGUGUGUGUGAGUGAGUGAGUGUGUGUGCUUCAAGUGAUAGGAGUCUCAGCCACAGUUUGGACAACGUGCCUGUCAUCUCUUGGCUUUAUGUGUGGAAAUUCACAUCAGAGGACAUGCGGUUUUUACCCACCUGUAUCUCUACACAUAAAACUCUGCUGCUCAGCCUGAUGGGACCUGGGCCUGACAUGGAGUUUAGGUUAAAACACAACUUUUCCGUCUGAAACCUUUUUAUAUUGUUAAUCAAGCCUGAUUCUUUUCGACAUAUAAAUCAUUAAGGCCAUGCCUUCCUCCUUCACUCUGACAGCUUUUGGGCUGUCAUGCAUUGUAGCAGAAAACGGAAGCUUCAGUCAUCAGUGGAUGGAGCAAACUCAAGUCAAACAGUAGAAGAUAUUGUAUAUCAGCACUAGGUACCAGUCUGCAUUGCUUUAGAUUGCAUUUAUAUCCUUAAUUUACAUAAAAGCUGUGAUCAAACAAAGUAAUCCUAAGCAAAGGUUCAUGUAUACUUUCUACCAUGUAAUUUCUGAAGGAAACUCUUUAUUUUUGAAGGUUACAUAAAAUCAAACUAGUAGCAGUGACAGAAGGGACUGUUGACACUGUUUUAUUUUUUAUUUACUUAUGAUGAAAGUCUUAAUGAGGAGUGGUCAAAGGACAGCUAGUUUCACAUGGAUUACCUUCCUUCCAAGUUAUUCCUGAUUUUGGUUUAUUGUAAUACACAAAAAAAACUGGCAGAUACAUGAAUCCUUGUAAAAAUUGAUAAUCCACCAGAAAAUAGACAUGUAGCUCAAUGUAUGUUUUAUUGAACAGUGGUUUUAAGGAAAAGACAUGCAGCCAUGCACCUGAAUUCAGAUAGCUAUCAGUGAAUCACCAACAGGAAUAUGAAUCAGUGUGGUUUUUGGGUAUUGAAACUUUACUGCAUGGCAUCUUAUUAAGUUUGUCAUGACAGUGUCUCCAACAACUGAUUGCAGCUGCAUUUGUGAACGAUUACACUGUAAAGUAAAAGAAAUGCUGAACUGAGGUGGAUUACCUGUGUCAAAGACGUGGGUAGAGUUUGACAUGAUGAUCUGUAAGAAGCAUGAAGAAAUGUUACUUUUUAUCAUCUGGAUGCAACGCCAAGGACAAAAGGUCAGCACAUCCAAGUGUCCAGGUAGAUGCUACUGUAAAACAUGUAAGGAAUUUAACUGUUGGAUCAUUGUGUAGUGAGCCAUUUCAUUCACUCUCCAUCACAAACACUCUGCUUAUUUAUAUCCUGUCCCGUAACCGUAGACAGUCACUGUCAAGUCUGAAUUUCUUUGUAUAUAUUUUUCAACAACAGUUGGGUAAAGGACUAUUUGAUAUAUUUUUGACAUUGUAUUUGUCAAACAGAGGAAGACUAUAUGUUAAAACACUAUAUUAUAUUCGUUAGACACACCAGCGAGAUGUUUUUUGCAUCACUAAUGUGGAGAAGUUGUGAAAUUAGUUUUCUAUUUGUCCCAUUUUCUUAGCAAAGGCUACAAAGCCAAUGUUUUCUUUCAUUCUUUAUAAAAAAAAGGAGAACUGUCGCCUCAAUAAACAGUAUAUCUUCAA